UGCUGGUUGCUAAGACACUCUUGUUUGCUUCUUGACAACCCUGGCGGGGGUGCUCUGGCUUCAGCCCCGGCUCCGGCCCCCGCGGGAGCAGCACCCCCUGGGGAAAGACACUUUCUGCUCCCACCGAGUUGGCAGGCCCGCUUCCUGACUCUGGGCAUCUCAGCUGCCUGGCCCAGCACCCCCUGAGAGCCCUCCCGCCCCUCCAGUCCCAGGGGAAGGAUCAUGGGAGAGACAGAAGGGAAGAAAGAUGAGGCUGACUAUAAGCGCCUGCAGACCUUCCCACUGGUCAGGCACUCGGACAUGCCAGAGGAGAUGCGAGUGGAAACCAUGGAGCUGUGUGUCACAGCCUGUGAGAAAUUCUCCAACAACAAUGAGAGCGCCGCCAAGAUGAUCAAGGAGACGAUGGACAAGAAGUUCGGCUCCUCAUGGCACGUGGUGAUCGGCGAAGGCUUUGGCUUUGAGAUCACGCACGAGGUGAAGAACCUCCUGUACCUGUACUUCGGGGGCACCCUGGCUGUGUGCGUCUGGAAGUGCUCCUGACCGUCCGACCCCCGCAGGGCUGUUCCUGCCUCUGUUCCAGGGAGCGGGCGGCCCUACACAGGGCCCAGCCUUUCCAAGGAGAGUUUGGGGUCUUUUCUUUCGUCCUUGUGUGCCCAUUUCCUGAGCCAUGCCCAGUGUGUGAAUCUGUGGACACCUCCCCCCAGGCUCCCAGCCAUCUCCCUCUGAAUCCCCAGUGGUGGACAGGGCAGAGGCAGUGUCUCUGUAAGGGUGGGGCGGGGACGUGUGACAGGGUAUAGGAGCCAGGGAGCUGGGAUUUUUCCCAGAAGGACAUGCCAGUCCCACCUUCUCCAGGGCUGUUGUCAUUUAGCAUCCCGAGAGCCCCACUGCCCUUCUGACCCCAGUACUGCUAAGAAAUGCCACUGUUCUUGUUGCUAGUGGCCAUGUGGAAGUGGCCCCAAGAAGGAGCCUCUAGUCUCAAGGGACACAGGCGGCUUCUCCUUGUCUCUGGGGACAGUGACCACCCCCAAAGUCUUUCCCCAGCUUGGUCAUGGGCCAAGCAAGCAAACCCCAUGCCUCACAAACCUGUGGCUCCGCAGCCCGGGUUUGGCAGGAGGCCCAAGCCCUCCCCACCCUGUCCUCUCCUGCCCAGGUGCAUGAACCUCUAGUAGCCUCGACUGCCCGAGACCAAGUGCACACGCACAAUUGGGAGCCAGGCACUGGGGCGCGGGCAGUGACCCGCGCGUGCUCACGCUGUCACUGAGCUCCGGUGAGACACUGGCCAGGAGGGCUCUCGCCGUGGGCCGCUUCAGCAGGGAACCUGGCCUGCCAGUGGCUUAUCAUCAGGGACCGCAUGCUGAUUUGUACUUCGUAUCUCUGCCGGGUUUUCUAGAUUCUUUUUGAGUGUGGGGAGAAGGGUUUUAGUAGAAGGGUGAAUCCUAUUUUACACAGCGGUCUUAUUUAUAUAAAUGUCUUGGUUUUUACAAUUAAAAGUAGCAAAAAUU